AUUAAUUAAUUCAUUUCGCGGUUUCACAUCGAAUAACAAGACGAUCAAUAUCUUUUGACGAUUAGUAUUGCAACUCAUGCUUGUGUAAUGCCUGUUUAAGCAUUCAGAAUUGCAAAUCAAUCGGAAUGUUAAUAUUCUCUUAGAUAAAGUUGCUGGCUCUAAUAAAAUGUCUUUGAUAAAAAAUAAUCAUUAUAAUAUCGGUAUUAUAAUAUGUCUUACUCACGCGAGUAACUUUAAGUUCUAACUCGAUGGCGUCAUUUUAGGUGACUGUGAACGAGCGAAGGGUAAAAUAGUGGGGAGGAACGAGUGGUGCUCGAUUAAUAAAAAGAUGUGCAACGCCGGUGUCGCGCGCAGUACGCUUCAAAGAGUUCUUCUACAUGUUUCGUACAAUCUUUAUCAUUACUCACGUAAAACAUAUUAAAUAAAGUGAUUAGAAAAAAAAAACAACCAAAAAAAAAAAAAAGAAAAAAACGAAAAGAAAAAACAUUUCUAGGCUGUUUCACACGUGUGUCGUAUUUUUUUCUUUCGAUUAACAUGACAGAAUCUCGAAAAGAAGUUCGAGUUUGGUGCGAUGGGUGUUAUGAUAUGGUACAUUUUGGACACGCUAAUUCAUUGAGGCAGGCUAAAGCAUUAGGAAAUUAUUUAGUGGUUGGUGUUCAUACAGAUGCAGAAAUUACUAAGCAUAAAGGUCCUCCAGUUUUUACGCAACAAGAAAGAUACAAAAUGGUUCGCGGUAUAAAAUGGGUAGAUGAAGUUGUUGAAGGUGCUCCUUAUGUUACUACAUUAGAAACGUUAGAUAAAUACAAUUGUGAUUUUUGUGUACAUGGCGAUGACAUAACAAUGACUGCAGAUGGAAUAGAUACUUAUCAUUUAGUUAAAGCAGCUGGUCGUUAUAGGGAAGUUCAAAGAACGGCAGGAGUUUCAACUACUGAUCUUGUAGGGCGUAUGCUCUUAAUGACACGUCAACAUUUUAAGCAAGGAGAUAGCGAAUAUACGGUUGACAGAGAACCUAGCAAAAGUAUGGGCCAAGAUCGUACAGCGCAAAGCCCAUGGACUGGUUGUUCUCAGUUUCUUCCCACUACUCAAAAAAUUAUACAAUUUAGCGAUGGCAAAAGUCCCCAGCCUGAUGAUAAAAUUGUUUAUGUUGCUGGAGCAUUUGAUUUAUUUCAUGUUGGACAUUUAGACUUCUUAGAAGUUGCAAAGAAAGAAGGUGACUAUCUAAUUGUUGGUCUCCAUACAGAUCCAGCUGUUAACCGUUACAAAUGUGGUAAUCAUCCAAUUAUGAAUCUACAUGAACGUGUUCUCAGUGUACUAGCAUGUAAGACAUCAAUAAUGCCAUGUGAAGAUGGCUCGGAUCCUUACGAAGAACCGAAAAGACAAAAUAAAUUUAAGUUAUUGGAUAGUGGCAAUGAUAUGACCACCGAAAAAAUUGUUGAAAGAAUAAUUCUACAUAGGUUGGAAUUUGAAGACAGAAACUUAAAGAAGGAAAAGAAGGAGCUUGCAGCUUAUGAAGCUUUUAUGAAGUCUCAAAAAAAUGGAAGGACUGCAUAAUAAAUUUUUGCAUAAUUACUAUACGUGAUAACCAAUUUUAUAGAAUUAAUUUGUAAAUACAUACAGUCUUGGAUUAUAUUAAUUUAUUCAAUCUAUUAGUUCAUUCAGUAUGAAACCUCCGAUUAUUCCUACUACUUCCAGUUAAAAAUCAGACAUUUCAUACUUAAUGACCUAAUAGAGAAGAUAUAGAACAUAGAAGUGUAAUUUCAUGAUUUUUAAAGACUGGACAAAAAACUAAAAUUACAUUUUCUUUUAAACAAAACGAAAAUUCGUAAAAAUCGAGUGAUGAUAUGUUAUUAAUUUUCCGUUUAUUUAAAGAGUAUCUAUUUAUCAUAUGAUUUAUAUAUAUAUAUAUAAAAGUACACAGAACAUUUAAUGUCAUGUACAGUUGCCAUGUGUAAGCAGUGUCUUACAAUUAAGUGAAAUACUUUAUCAAUUAUAUUAUUUAUAAUUUUACUGUUAAUUGCACAAUAAUUUUAGUAUAAAUACGUAGUAAGAUACAUGCAAAUUUAUUUGUGACCACUAAAAUACUAGUUUAUAUUUUGUUAGUGCAAAACGAGUAUGCAGUUAAGAGAAUGUCCUACAUUUUUUUUCUAUUCAAUACACGUUGAAAUAAGAAUUUAAAUUGAUAUUUAUAAAAGAAACUAUAUAUAAUGUAUAUAAAUUCGUUUGAUUUACAAUCCGCGUAAAACAACUAUUCAUUUUAGUUGUGGAUGUGUUUUUUACUUUUAUUUUCUUGCAAUCUAAUUAAACUAGAAGGUUAUCAAGUUAAGCUUUAUGGGCCUAUACAAAGAUAGAACAAUGAUAUUAAGCCAAAGGAUGUAAAAUAAGUGUGUGACAAUUGUUAAUAUUACAAAUCAUAAUGAUGCAAAUUUAUAGGAUCGCUAAAUGUGUCUCUAUACAUCGAUAAAGCAAAGAGAGAAAAAUAGUAUCUUUAGGGCGAGUGCAAUACGCUUAUAAUUUCUCUAUUUCAUAUAUAUAUAAUAAUAUGAGCACAUUUUCAAUUUAAUUUUUUACACUAUUUUAUUUAAU